GUGAGACGCUGAGCCCAGGGCCUUUUGCGGGGCGCUCCGAGUCCCCAGGCCCCAUGGCGCAGAAACCGCUCAGCACCGCGGCGGCUGAACGCAUGAACCUUGUGGCUCAGGAUGAGAUCUGGAGAUACCGUCUGAAGGCUGAAUCAGAAGCACGGCAGAACUGGCCCCAGAACUGGGGUUUUUUAACAACGCCUUUUGAAGAGUUGAUCAAGGGUGAUGAAGAACUCCCCAGCCCAAAGCCCAAAAUCGAGCUUCCUGAGCAUUUCCACAUCCGGCCGGUGACCCCAGUGGAGAAGUACAUCAAGAUCCUUCCAUCUCCACCAGUCCCACAGACCACCCAGGGCUUCAUCGGCUGGAGAUCCGCAGUGCCAGGCCUGAACAAGUGCCUGGAGCUGGACGAUGAGAUCAGAAGCUGCAAAGGGGCAUUUGCACGAGAGCUGUGCUGGCCUAAGCAGGGCGUGCACUGAGUCCAGACGGAGCUUCCAACCCAGGGUGCUGCAUGUCGGUCGCCAGGCACCCAGGGCCAUGCCAGGGAAAGGGAAAUCUCUCCUGAAUCCCCAAGGACACAGUCCUCUACGGAUUUGCUCAUGGGAUGUUGCAAAGAACACAAAGUGUGCCUUAGACAUUCUCAACCCAUCAGUCUCGCCCUUCCAGAAUGUUCACGUCCACUCCCAUUCUUGGCUAAUGUAAUAAAUAAGGCUUCUCUCAUUUGUUUUUAAUACCUUGGGAAUUUCUAUGCAGGGCUUUAAAAAAAAAAAGUGAUUCCAUUUUAAAAAUAUUUGUCUAGGUC